AUGUGGACCAAAGAUGUGGGUAGCAGCUCGGGCAAGGUCUAUGUCUUCAACGGCACAGAUGAGGACACCAUCUAUGAGUUUGGCUCCGUCAGGGACUUCAUCGUCUCCUUGGGCACAUCCAUGGGCAAGACCAUGAAGCUGCCAUUCCCUUGGCGAGGCAGCGGCCACACCGUCUACAACAACCCCUCGUACUACGUGAAGGAGGGCAAGGAGCUGCGGCUGAUCAAGUACGACAUGCGGAACGGCUCUGUGGCGGACAGCGCCGUGUUCCCUGUCCAGGACCACGUCCCCAUCUAUGGCCUAACCCCAGAGACGGUCAUUGUCCUGGCGGCAGACAAGGAGGGCCUCUGGGCCAUCUACGCCACAAAGGAGACUGAGAGGCACAUCUCUCUGGCCAAAAUGGACGCCAACACGCUGGACAUCGAACAGAUGUGGGACACGUCGUGCCCGAGGGAGAACACCGAGGUUGCCUUCAUCAUCUGCGGCACGGUGUACGUGGUCUACAACACUGCGCUGAAAAGCGCUUGUGCGUUUUUGACGUCAGUGAUAUGGUGACCAACGACGAUGCACCGCUAGUGUACUUUCCCAAGCGCUACGGCGCUCACUCCAGCCUCAAGUACAACCUGCUGGAGCAGCCGAUCUACGCCUGGGACGAUGGCUACCAGAUCCUCUACAAGCUGGCCAUGAAGAAGAAACUGGAGGCAUGA